AUAAUGAGUUCCAACAGAAGCUAUUUCUCACUCUGCGACAUCAACGAUCCUUCUUAUCUCUAUUCUGGGAGCGUGUUUGCCAGCAUUACUCAUGCUAAAUCUGAAGAUAUGCUCUCAAAUUUUAACUUCUGAGAGGCUUAUCCAGAACUUCAAGUAAAUCAACUUUACCAGAACUGUACUUAUUCAGACCAAAAGAUGAUUAACAAGGUUUGUGAGAUUCCUCAAUCUGUUGAUUCAAACAAGCUUAGAACUAAAAAUAUUAGAAUCGAUGAUUCCCAGAUUCCUUCUAGAGGUGAGACCAAAUCGUGCUGAACUCCCACUAUACCAAACAAGUCUUCUCGAAGCAUGAAGGCUUCUAAAAGAAGAGACGUUGCUUAUAAGUCAGCAAUCAGGCUUCUCAGAAGGUUCUUCAAAAAUACUUUUAAACAGAAAAAUAAAGAUAUUGUAAAGAGAAGAUAUUAUAACUGCACAAUGGAGUACAUUUAUGCGAGAGUCUACGACAUGCUGGAGGAGUUAAUUCCUCAAGAGGAUCUAACUAAAGAGCUUGUCUACUAUACCAUUGGCAUAAUCGAUAUUAGAAAGGACUCUGAAUCAUCAUACAGUAAUGCUAUCAAAAGGCAGAUUACAGCCCUCAAGGAUUGAAGACAACAGUUCUCCAGGAGCAGAUUCAAUAAGGCUUUUAUGUCUAAGAGCCUGAGAGCCCUAGCAAGGUGUCUGGUUCAGAAUCAUGGCGAUCCCAGAGUGAGUAUCUUCAAAGAAGAAUUGAUUUAAGCGUGAAAUCUAUUUAAACUGCUGAAGAUGAGCUUAUCAAAUUACUGAAUACCUCUAAAUCUUCUGAGGCAUAAAACUACCUCGGUUAUUUAGGGUUUGUCAUGGUUUGCUCUCUAUACUUACGAUGCUCAUUUAUUAAAGUAUUACUAAACUUAAACUAAAACUUUAAAUCUAUUUUCUUUCUAAUUAGUGUAAGGGACCUGUUAAUGAUUAACAAGGACUAGCAUCCCCAAUGAUGUCGUUUGCCUGAAACAUUGGGAUUACUCUCUAUUGUAUGUGUUUUGGGUUGAAGAGAUUCAUUGUAAUAUUGUCUUGUUCCCACCGUGGCCAUUAUUGCAAAUUAUCCAGUAAACCUUAACCGGGAAUUUUAAACCAAGAUAUUCUGCCAGGAUUCUUGUAAAAACUCAAGAUCCCUCUUUAUAGUUGUCGAAUGAGCAUGCUGAAACAUUUUAUGCAUCAUUCUGUACCUUCUCUUGAGAACUUUAAUAUUAAAAAUAUUAAUAAUACGAAUCUUUCAUAAAGGACAUCGUUAUUUAGUUUUACUGCCACAACUAAUAAUGGGAUAUGAUCGAUCGUCUGUAAAAUAUGGAUGUUCGCAAACCUAUCUCUUGAUAAGAUAUCAUGAGGUUUGCCAAAUAAAUAAGCAUUUCAGUACACCAGUGCAUAAUAAAAUUUCUUGAAAUAAUAGUAAAAAAUUAAUGGAAUUAUUAUGUUAAGAUCAUUAAAUUUGGGUGAUGAAGUAUUUAAGUCUGGCAUAAUUCCUCUUAAAUAACAUAUUAGAGGGAUUUGGAUAGUUCUGAUACCUUCUCUGAUGUCAAAUAUAUCUUAAUAAGACUUGCAUGUUGAUAUGCUGUAAUCACCUUCUUCAAUAACUGAACCUUUGUAAAUUAUUAGAAGAAAUUUGAAGGUCACCAAAAUAUGUUUAUAUGCGGCAUAUCAAGAGAAGGUCCACUCAUUAAGCUAUAUUAUUUCUUUAAGAGCAUUAUAUC